CAGAUAUUCAAUCUGAAAACAGUUUCAUUCAGUUUCAGUGAACUGAAUUGUUUGACAACAAAAUGAAGUUUUUAAUAAAAAUUUGGAUUUUGCCAAUUUUAACGUUAUUCAUAAUCCAAAAAAGUACUAGUACCAAUUUCAUUAAGGACAAUGUUACUCUAACAAUUGAACAAGGUACGUUGUUCGGAGAAAAAGUAUUAAAUUAUUUGGAUGAUGAAGUAUUUUACAAUUUUAAUGGAAUUCCAUAUGCAAAGCCUCCACUUGGUGCACUUCGUUUCAAAGCACCUGAACCAGCCGAACCGUGGAUUGGUGUUUAUGAUGCUACACAAGUGCGACCUAUGUGCCCACAACUUUUUGCUCCGGCAUUAGCAGAUAUUUUGGCGUUAGAGAAUUUAAAACAUAGUGAAGAUUGUUUAUUUUUAUCUGUUCAUACGAAAAUGUCAAGUAAGCCAAAACCAGUUAUGGUAUGGAUACACGGAGGUGGAUUGACAGUUGGAAGCAUUUUUGAAGAAAAUUAUGGGCCAGAAUUAUUAAUGACUGAAGAUAUUGUUUUAGUCAAAAUUGCAUAUCGUCUAAAUCUCUUUGGAUUUUUGAGUAUUGAUGAUCCAAAAUAUAAUAUUCCUGGCAAUGCUGGCUUUAAAGAUCAAAUUUUGGCAUUAAAAUGGGUUCAGAAGAACAUUCAUCAUUUUGGUGGUGAUCCGAAUCAAGUAACAAUUUUUGGUGAAAGUGCUGGCGGUGCAGCAGUACAAUAUUUAAUAAUGUCACCAUUAGCCAAAGGAUUGUUCCACCGUGCUAUUUCUCAAAGUGGUGCAGCUGAUAGUCCAUGGCUGACAUCUCCGCAUAAAUACCCCGCACUGGCUAAAGCUUUAAAAUGUAGCUCAGAGAAAUUAAAUGAUAUUGUACACUGUAUAAAUGGUACUACUACUGAUUACCUUUUAAAUGCUUUAGAAGUAAUAAAUGAUUCACAGGAAUUUAAUAAGAAAUUGAAAAAUGGUGAAUUAAUGAAAUUCAACUGUCUCACUAUUGAAAAAGAACAUCCAAAUAGUUUUAUUGCUGAUAAAACAGAAAAUAUUAUUAAGAGCGGAAAAUAUAAUACUGUACCAACUAUGAUUGGAUUUACAAGUAAUGAAGGUGAAAUUGUUAUUAAUUGGAGUUCCAUUAAACCAGAUUUAACAGAUUAUCGAAAGUUGAUACCAAAAGAUAUUAAAAUCGAUUUAGAAUCAGAAGAAGCAUAUCAAUUAGGCAAGAAAAUUAAGGAAUUUUAUUAUGGAGACCAGAAACCAUCGCACGACUUACUUGAUAACUAUAUUGAUUAUAUGACAGAUGUUUUGAUUUUGGAAAAAGUAUACAAGUUCACAAAAUUACAUGCAAAUACAGUCACCAAAGUUCCAACUUACUUUUAUCAAUUGGAUUUAUUCACAAAAUUAAAUGUACGUUACCCAGCCAAUCCCAAUAAACGUAUGGUAGUACAUUUUGAUGAUGUACGGUAUCUAUUUUAUUCAAAAGAUAGGAUACCAGAACCUUAUUUUGAUUCACAUUCAAAAGAAUUUAUUGGAAUUCAUCGCAUGCUGAAAUUAUGGACGACAUUUGCCAAAACUGGCAAUCCAAAUCCGGUAGAUGAACCAUUAAUCGAUGUUAAAUGGUUACCAAUUGAACCAAACAAAUUUAAUUAUUUGAAAAUAUCCGAUGAUUUAGAAUUGAAACAAAAUCCAGCUGAAGAACGUAUGAAAUUUUGGGAAGAGGUUUAUAGCCAUUAUUUAGAAGAUCAUAAGCUCUGUGAAUCUUCUUCAGAGCAAUGUUCGUAAAAUACAUAUUUAUUACCACAUUUUUUAACAAAUUUCUUUGCUGUUACCACAUACUUAUUUAAGGUAGAUUGCAUUAGAAAUAAAUUGUAUCAGACCUUCACCAUAUUUUAAAGAAUAACAAGCAAGAAGAAUAGCAAUACAUAAGCAAUUUUAUUUACCACGAAGAUUUCUGAUAACUUGUUUAAUUCACUCGCAGAUGGCGAGACUAUAGUUCGCAAUCUACCUUAAACCGCACUGAGUAAUAAUAUGUGAGCAUAUGUUUCAUAAAUAUACCGCCAGGCUUCUAGACUUCUAAAGAAUGAAUGGGACAUCAAAACAACCUACAAACUCUAGCAGUUUUUCGGUAUAUUUUUAAUAGACACAUACAGACAAUCCAUUUGAUUUUUGUCUAUUAUUUAAUGUUUAUAGGCCUAGACAUUUUUAACUUGUUAUUAAAAUA